AUGGCGGUGAAAACUGACAUGAGUAAGGCCUAUGAUAGAAUCGAAUGGUCCUUUGUCGAAGCGGGUCGUGUUUCACCUUCCCGAGGUCUCCGGCAAGGUGAUCCGCUCUCCCCGUACCUCUUUAUUCUGUGUACGGAGGUUCUCUCGGGACACUGCACCAAGGCACAAAAUCGGGGCUUGCUGACUGGAGUUAAAGUGGCACGAAACAGCCCUGCAAUAAACCACCUACUUUUCGCCGACGACACUAUGUUCUUCAUGAGAUCGGACGCCCAAAGCUGCGCGCAACUAGUGUCUCUCCUCAACAAAUAUGAGAAAGCGUCAGGCCAAUGCAUAAAUGCCACUAAGUCCGCUAUCACUUUCUCCUCCAAGACGUCUUCCCACACAAAGCUUCGAGUUAAGCGCCAACUAACAAUAGAGAAGGAGGGAGGUAUCGGAAAGUAUCUCGGGCUGCCCGAGCACUUUGGUAGAAGAAAGCGGGACAUUUUUAACUCCAUCUUAGAUCGGAUUAGACAAAGAGUUAUCAGCUGGACCACAAGGUUCUUAUCUGGCGCGGGAAAGCAAGUUCUCCUCCAAUCGAUUCUCUCCGCUAUACCCGCCUACGCUAUGUCAUGCUUCAUGCUCCCAGCCUCCCUUUGUAAGCAAAUACAAUCUUUACUUACUCGUUUUUGGUGGGAUGCUAACCCGGAAAAGAGAAAAAUGUGUUGGGUAGCUUGGUCUAAGCUUACUCUCCCAAAAAACCUUGGAGGUCUUGGAUUUAGAGAUAUUGAGUGUUUUAACCAGGCCCUUCUAGCAAAAAUUGCUUGGCGCCUUGUGCAGGAUCCAAAUUCUCUCCUUGGCCAGACCCUGUUAGGGAAAUAUUGCCACUCUAAUCCCUUCCUUAGGGCUUCAAGCUCGACCUCAGGCUCCCACGGAUGGAGAGGGAUUCUCUGGGGCCGUGACCUUCUCUUGACAGGUCUCGGAUGGACAAUAGGCAAUGGAGCGUCUGUGAAAGUGUGGGAGGACCCGUGGCUGUCAAACCUCUCUCCGUCUAUUCCAAUGGGGCCUCCAACCCUCCACAACCGGAACAUGCGAGUCCAUGAACUUAUUCUCCAACACUCAAAAGAAUGGAACAUUCAAGCUAUCCGCCAACACUUGCCUCUAUAUGAGGAUCUCAUCCUACAACUCAUCCCUAGUUCCCUGAACAAGGAGGACGACUUGAUCAAAAGUGCGGCGCUUCCAGUUGGCUCUGCUCUCCUAACAAGAGGCAUACAAGUCGAUCCUAGAUGCAAACGAUGUGGAGAGGUUGAGACUCCUAUCCACCUACUCUUGACAUGUACUUUCUCUGCCCAUGUAUGGGAUCUUAUUCCGGCCCUGAACAAACCAGACCCUAGCUCCGACCUCUCCAUCUCUGAGCUUCUACUCUGUUGCACUACAAUGACCAACCUCCCACCUACCGGCCUGGCCUCCACUCCGGUCGCCCUCUGGGUUCUUUGGCAUCUCUGGAAGAACAGGAACCAACUUGUCUUCGACAACAAGUCUUGGUCUGAAGCAGAGAUAACUCUGAAAGUUUUGAAAGAUGCUAGGUCCUGGGAAGAAGCCUCUCAAGCCCCUGUUAAGACUUGCUCUCCACGCAACCGGCCUACUCUACCGCAGCAACCCUCUACUGGAUAUGCUUGCUUCACAGAUGGAGCCUGGGACCCCAACUCAAGAAACAGUGGACAAGGCUGGGUCUUUCACGACCCCAAUGGUGUCUGUGUUGAACACCGAUCUUCAAACCGCUCCCAUGUCGCUUCACCCCUGGUUGCUGAAGCCCUUGCGGUAAAGGCUGCUCUACUUGACGCAGUCGCUUACGGAUUCUUUCGGUUGAAUGUUUUCUCUGAUUCGAAAUCCCUCGUCAACCUUCUUAACUCGUCCUCUUCAACAAUUGAGCUGCAUAGCUUACUGUUUGAUAUUAGGGUUUUAAGUUGCAGGUUCGAAGUUAUCUCAUUUGGUUUUAUUCCACGUUUAAACAAUGUUAAAGCAGACUCUCUUGCUAAAUCUGCUCUGUUUUCCCUCGUAAACCCUCCCCGUGGGGAGUAA